AUGGCCUCGUUCAAAUCGGUGGCCGCGGCGGCCAGUCUGCUCGCCAUGCUCCCCACCGCCAUGGCAGGAUUCAACCCAGGCUCCAACAAGAAUAUUGCAGUUUACUGGGGUCAAAACUCGUACAACCAAGGUACCGGCCCUCUUGCUCAGCAGCGCCUUGGAACCUACUGCGCAAACACGGACAUUAGCAUUAUCCCCCUCGCGUUCAUGAAUGGCAUUUCUCCUCCGAUUACCAACUUUGCCAAUGCGGGUGAUAACUGCACUGCAUUCCCUGACAACGGCAACGUUCUGAGCUGCCCCCAGAUUGAAGAGGACAUCAAAACCUGCCAGAGCAAGUACGGCAAGACGAUUCUGCUCUCUCUCGGUGGAGCUACAUACUCCCAGGGCGGAUGGUCCAGCUCUGGCCCCGCCGAGUCCGCGGCCCAGAUGGUCUGGGACAUGUUCGGCCCCGUGCCGUCCGGCAAGACCAUCGACCGCCCCUUUGGCACCGCCGUGGUGGACGGCUUCGACUUUGACUUUGAGAGCAGCGCCAACAACCUCCCCGCGUUCGGCGCCAAGCUGCGCAGCCUCAUGGACGGCGCGGGCGGCAAGAAGUACUACCUGUCGGCGGCGCCGCAGUGCGUCUUCCCCGACGCGGCGGUGGGCGCGGUGCUCGACGCGGUGCCGUUUGACUUUGUCAACAUCCAGUUCUACAACAACUGGUGCGGCGUGUCCAACUUCCAGCCGGGCGCCAGCACGCAAAACGCCUACAACUUUGACGUCUGGGACAAGUGGGCCAAGGGCAGCAAGAACCCCGGCGUGAAGCUGCUGAUCGGCGUCCCGGCCGCGCAGGGCGCCGGCGGCGGCUACACCAACGGCGCCAAGCUCAAGGCCGCCAUCAACUACUCGCAGCAGUUCUCGAGCUUCGGCGGUGUCAUGAUGUGGGACAUGUCGCAGCUCUACUCUAACAGCGGCUUCCUGAGCGAGGUGCUCUCUGACAUUUCGGGCGGCCCGACGACGACGACGCCGCCUGUCACCACGACCACGAGCAGCCCUGGCACCACGCCCCCCACGAGCACCUCGUCGCCCCCUCCCUCUGGCGGCGGCCUCGACCAGUAUGCUCAGUGCGGCGGACAGGGCUACAACGGCCCGACUGUCUGCAAGGCGCCGUGGAAGUGCGUCAAGCAGAGCCAGUGGUGGUCCGCCUGCAACUAG